ACAGUUUCCCUGUAAACAGCUGACAGGUGACCCUGGUGAUAACACUGGGCUGCUAUAAAACAUUACUACGCUAAGAAUAGAACAGAGGGGCCGCAGGUUGAGGUCCGCUUCACCCAUACACCGUGUCUAAACCGGUCAGUGUCCGCAGCAUGAAUCCUCAUCCCAACCAAAUGAACACAAGAAAAAUGCUGAAUUCAAGAGGAGGAAACUACCCGAAGCAGAGCGCCUCGGGAGCUUCUGGAGCGGAUCAAGCAGCUCAGAAUGUGGACGGACAAACACUUGAGAGGGGGAACCAGCCCGGAGCAGACCGACAGCCACAGUACUCAGGCGCAUUUACUGUGAUUCCACCGAACCAGUCUCGCCGGAGCGAGAUAAAAGCAGUGGCUCAGAAAGAAGAGGAAGAACUUCAGAGGUGGAAAGAGACACACAAGCCUCCUCCUUUGCAACUUAAUCCAGAAAGACUGGGUGGUGGGGAUGUAACGUUAGCUGAAGCCAGGCAGAGGCAGUUUACUGAUGUGAAGUGCUACAAGAUACAGAAGAAGCUUAAAAAAGAGGAUAUGGACAAGAAGAGGAGGCAAGAGGAGGAGGAAGAGUUACAGAAGAUGAAGGCCAAACAGAGGGAGAAGUCCGAAUGUCUGAAGAAGAUGAAGGAGCAGGAGGACGAGAGGAGGAGGGAGCAGCUCCAUCAGGAUCACAUCAGGACAACUGAGAGUUUUCUGCAGAGGUGUGAGAGGAGAUCAGCUGCUCCAUCCAGCACUGCUGCUCAGACAUCAUCCAUGAGCAAAAAAGUGGACAGUCAGGAGACAGAUCAACAGACAAAAGGUAUAAAAGAGCUGCAGCUGGAACACAAGAGGGUGAACCAAGCCUUUCUAGACAAACUGGAAUGUAAAAACAGAGGAAUGGAGAUGGAAACACACAAGAAGUUCAGUCAGGAGGAAGAACCUCCACGUUUGGCUCCUGAUGACUGCAGACAAGAGACCGCAGCUGAAAAAGUCUCCCUGACUCACCCGGAACCAGAUUCUGAGCAGAGCUGCUCCAACUGGACAGAGGAAACUGAUCCAGAGCCUGACUAUCACUGGAACUUGAUAAAACUAAUUAACAACUUUCCUGACUGCAACAAAGAAUUCCUCAAGGACAUUCUUAACCAGUGCAACUGUGAUUAUGAGCAGGCCUACACACUCCUCAUCUGCACACUUAAUUGAAUUUUAUCUGGUUUGUUUCUAAUUUGAUUUGGGCAAGUACAAUGGUAUAACCUCUUUGAAUAAACAGAUUCAUUUGCAGAAGUUUGGUGUUUAGGUAUAAAAUGCUCUACAACCUGCCAUUCACAACUAUAUUAAAUGGUACCUACAAGGUAGUGUGUGAUUCUUGGGAUCUGUUUUCUAUUAUCCUGUUAAUCUCCAAGUGUUUAGUGCCUUGUAUCUGUCUGGAAACGAUGAUGAGUCAUUUUGGGUUUUUGACCCAACUCAGAGUUGAUGUUUCUUUCAUAGAAAUAUAGUAAAGGUCAUUGCUUUAUGACUCACAAUCUUUAAAUCACAUUUUGGGUUUCUAAUUAAAUCAAUAUGCUAAAAAAGCUUUUUUUGUUUUGUUUUAUGGUCAAACUGGUGUGUCAUGAAUCUUAUCAAAACACAGGAAAGAAUUCAAGUUCCACAGAAUGGUGCCCAGCAGUUUGAGAGGUUUCUGGGUAUACACUGCUUCCUUUGAGGCUGUCCAUUUAAGUUAGCACCACAGAGUUGGACAUCAGAACUGAUCAAAUGACCGUGGCAACAAAGACCAAUGGGUGGUGCUGUCCACAUAAGGGGCUGAAAAUCCCCCUCUAAUUUAGCAUGAAGUCAUGUUUACUGCUGAUGUCAUUUAAUAAAUGUCGCCUCUCCAGAGAUCAAAGUAAAACCCCACAUUUUACAGACUGCACCCUGACUUUCAUGAUGCUAAAAAAAACUUACAUUUUAUAUCAAUAAUUUUUGUGAAAACAUUUGUAAUUUCUUUUAUGUUAACGACAUGACAUCUACUGCUUUAGAAUUACUGAUUGACUUUUAUUGACGUGUCCAUUAAAAAGUAUUCUGUUCAAAUAAACUGAAAUGUACAAUAUGUAUACAUAAUGAUUGAAAAUCAUUGUUAAUUAUACUUUGGCAUGAGUUUUUUAAACAGUGCAACCCAAUUACAUAUUUUUUAUUCCUACUGCAAAUAAAUAUGAUGCUGCAGAAACAGUC